AUGGCAAGUACAAAAGUUUGUGCGCAAAUAACUCUGUUCUUAAAUCUACUUGUGUGGUUAACGACAGCUAAGUAUCAACUGGAAUCAGUGCAAAUUGUGUUUAGACAUGGCGACCGAACACCGACUAAAGAGGAGCUGUAUCCUAAAGCAGAACACAAUCCUAUUUACGAUACACUUGGUUAUGGUCAGUUAACCGAGGCAGGAAAAAUAAGAGAAUUUCGCCUCGGAAUGAUGUUAAGACAACGGUAUAGUACUUUCUUAGGUGGUAGUCAUCACUAUGGUGACGUUUUUGCCCGCAGUACGGACACCGAUCGAACGAAGAUGUCCUUGCAAUUAGUUUUGGGUGGUAUAUAUCCUCCAGGACUGAACGAAUUGGGCCAAUUGCAAUUGUCUCCGAUAUCGAUUCAAUUCACGCCAUUCAUUGUAGACUCAUUACUGUUUCCAGUAUAUUGCCCAACGUACCAAACCGAAUGGAAGAAAACGAGAGAUUCAUUUGCAGUUCAUGUAAUAAAAAAAAAAUACAAAGAUCUUCUCGAUUAUCUCGCUGAACACACCGGUCUAGACAUGACAACGAGUCCAACUUUUGCGACUUAUCAGCUGUAUCACUAUAUAACGUCACAGGGCAGUAUAAAUGUUACUCUUCCUGAAUGGGCAACCAAAGAUGUUCAAAGCAAAAUAGAAAAAAUUACAGCAUUAGAAUAUAUGCUACAAUCACAUACCAAGUUAAUGAAACGACUAAAUGGAGGGUUUUUAGUGAAGGAAUUUAUAAAAAAUAUGAAUUUCAAAGGAAACACAACUCAGCCAAAGAUCUAUAUAUACAGCGGACAUGAAAUAAAUAUAGCAGCAUUUGCCAAAGCACAUGAUUUUAUUGAACCAAUACUACCUGCCUAUGGAUCUGCAAUAAUAGUUGAAAAAUUGCGAAGUAGCAAUGGUAAAAUAUAUAUUCAAAUGCUGCUUUGGACUGGUGUUACUGAGAAAUUAAUUACUUACGUAAUUCCUAACUGUGGUAUAAUAUGCUCAUAUGAUAAAUAUAUAAGACUUAUGCAAGAUGUAAUUCCUUCUGAUGAAGAAUCAAACUGCUUAUGGAAUAAUACAUCAAAGGAACAUCUACAUAUGUAUUAUAAUGAGAAAUUAAACUGA